AUGGAGCUGUCCCGCUCCUUCGAGCGCUCGGGUUUCGCGGUGGUCACGGGCCACGGCAUCCCCCCGCAGCACGUGGAGUCCCUGCGGAGCGCCGCGUACGACUUCUUCCGCUCCCCAAUGGAAGAGAAGAAGAAGUACGACAAGGGCAAAGGCUAUGGCUUUGGGGGCUACAACAACCGCCGGGAGAACGGGGCGCAGCUGCUGGGCGACUUCUCCAGGCCCAACGACCUGGUGGAGUCCUUGCACGCGGGCCUAGCCAACCUCCGCAGCGGCGUGGAGGCGGUGCAGCUGGCCAAAGGCGCUGCCGACGCGGCUGACGCCCACGGGCGCUGCAACGCCAAGGACGUGAGCGGCUGCGAGAUGGAGGAAAGCACACCCGAGGUAAUCUCCAGGCCCGCCGCAGCCUUCCUCCACAGCGCGGAGCAUUUGGCGCACCUUGCAGGGCGGGCGCUGCAGCUGUCGCAGGGCGUCCAGGACGAGGAGCUGGAUCUGGUCAUCGACCCCAUGGGCGGAGGCCUACGCCUCGCCUUCUAUCCCUUUGGCGGUGAGGAGCCGAGCGAGGGCCAGAUGGGCUACGGCGCACACAUCGACUCCGGCGGCAUCACGGUGGUCAGCUUGGACCCCAGCAACACCGGCGGCCUCCAGGUGGACAUCAGCGGCAUUGGCACCACCGGGGAAGAGGAGGACCGGCACUGGGUGGACGUGCCCUUCGUGCGGGACUCCUUGGUGCUGAACGUCGGGGCGCUGCUGUCCCGCUGGACCGGGGGCAAGUGGAAGGCUUCCGUGCACCGAGUGGUGGCGGGCCAAGCCAAGAAGGAUCGCCUGUCCAUCAUCACCGGGGCACUUUCCCCCAAGGUGGAUGGCCCCGCCUUCCGGGGCUUCACAGGCCUGGCGGACCACCUGGCACCGGUGAGUGCUGCCGAGUACCUGGGCACCAGGGUGGAGCUGCACCGCCCGGAGUAUGCGGAGGAGAAGGGCCUCAGCAUGGAGUCCCUGACGCAGGAGUCCGAGCGCAUUCGUCAGCUGCAAAUCUGA